AUGGUUCAUGGAGCGGAGAAAGGAGAGAGCGCAGAAAGGAGAGAGCAGAGAAAGGAGAGAGCAGAGAAAGGAGAGAGCGGAGAAAGGAGAGAGCGGAGAAAGGAGAGAGCGGAGAAAGGAGAGAGUGGAGAAAGGAGAGAGCGGAGAGAGGAGAGAGCGCAGAAAGGAGAGAGCGGAGAAAGGAGAGAGCGGAGAAAGGAGAGAGGAGAGAAAGGAGAGAGGAGAGAGCAGAGAAGGAGAGAGCAGAGAAAGGAGAGAGGAGAGAGCGGAGAAAGGAGAGAGCAGAGAAAGGAGAGAGCAGAGAAAGGAGAGAGGAGAGAACGGAGAGAGGAGAGAGCGGAUAAAGGAGAGAGCAGAGAAAGGAGAGAGCGGAGAAAGGAGAGAGCAGAGAAAGGAGAGAGGAGAAAGCGGAGAAAGGAGAGAGUGGAGAAAGGAGAGAGGAGAGAAAGGAGAGAGGAGAGAGCGGAGAAAGGAGAGAGCAGAGAAAGGAGAGAGCGGAAAAAGGAAAGAGUAGGGAAAGGAGAGAGCAGAGAAAGGAGAGAGGAGAGAAAGGAGAGAGCAGAGAAAGGAGAGAGCGUAGAAAGGAGAGAGCAGAGAAAGGAGAGAGCACAGAAAGGAGAGAGGAGAGAGCGCAGAAAGGAGAGAGGAGAGAGCAGAGAAAGGAGAGAGGAGAAAGGAGAGAGGAGAGAAAGGAGAGAGCAGAGAAAGGAGAGGAGAGAGCAGAGAAAGGAAAGAGGAGAACGGAGAGAAAGGAGAGAGGAGAGAGCGGAGAAAGGAGAGACCAGAGAAAGGAGAGAGGAGAGAAAGGAGAGAGGAGAGAGCGGAGAAAGGAGAGAGCAGAGAAAGGAGAGAGCAGAGAAAGGAGAGAGCAGAGAGCGGAGAAAGGAAAGAGCAGAGAAAGGAGAGAGGAGAGAGAGGAGAGAGCGGAGAAAGGAGAGAGCAGAGAAAGGAGAGAGGAGAGAGAGGAGAGAGCGGAGAAAGGAGAGAGCAGAGAGCGGAGAAAGGAGAGAGGAGAGAGCGGAGAAAGGAAAGAGCAGAGAAAGGAGAGAGGAGAGAAAGGAGAGAGGAGAGAGCAGAGAAAGGAAAGAGCAGAGAAAGGAGAGAGCAGAGAAAGGAGAGAGGAGAGAGCAGAGAAAGGAAAGAGGAGAAAGGAGAGAAAGGAGAGAGCGGAGAAAGGAGAGACCAGAGAAAGGAGAGAGGAGAGAAAGGAGAGAGGAGAGAGCGGAGAAAGGAGAGAGCAGAGAAAGGAGAGAGCAGAGAAAGGAGAGAGGAGAGAGCGGAGAAAGGAAAGAGCAGAGAAAGGAGAAAGGAAAGAGCAGAGAAAGGAGAGAGCAGAGAAAGGAGAGAGGAGAGAGCGGAGAAAGGAAAGAGCAGAGAAAGGAGAGAGCAGAGAAAGGAGAGAGGAGAGAGCGGAGAAAGGAAAGAGCAGAGAAAGGAGAGAGCAGAGAAAGGGAGAGAGGAGAGAGCGGAGAAAGGAAAGAGCAGAGAAAGGAGAGAGCAGAGAAAGGAGAGAGGAGAGAGCGGAGAAAGGAAAGAGCAGAGAAAGGAGAGAGCAGAGAAAGGAGAGAGCAGAGAAAGGAGAGAGGAGAGAGCGGAGAAAGGAAAGAGCAGAGAAAGGAGAGAGCAGAGAAAGGAGAGAGCAGAGAAAGGAGAGAGGAGAGAGCGGAGAAAGGAAAGAGCAGAGAAAGGAGAGAGCAGAGAAAGGAGAGAGGAGAGAGCAGAGAAAGGAGAGAGGAGAGAGCGGAGAAAGGAAAGAGCAGAGAAAGGAGAGAGCAGAGAAAGGAGAGAGCAGAGAAAGGAGAGAGGAGAGAGCGUAGAGUAGAGAGCAUUAUCCAUGAAGCAGAAGCAGAAACGGCGAAGACACGGCGAGGACACGGCGAGGACACGGCGAGGACACGGCGAGGACACGGCGAGGACACGGCGAGGACACGGCGGCCCACGCAGCUCUGA